AUGUAUUUGAAAUAUUCUUAUCUAAUCUUCAUCUCUAUAUUUUAUGUAUCUCAUAUUAUUCAAGCAAGUCAUUAUCGUGGUUCAAUGAUAUCUUGGCGAAUAGUCAAUGAAACAUCUUCGUCUGUUUCUGUUGAAAUUCUUCAACGCUAUGCUUGGCGAUACGAUUACUCUGCUCCAUAUUGUACAGAUGCAACUAUUCCAAAUGGACAGCCUCUUUUAGCUGCAGGUUAUAUUACUUGUGUUAGUACGUGUCCAACAGGUUUAUCAACACUUGGAAAUGUUCAAGUUCCUUGCACAGGUUACAAUAUUGCCGAACAAUAUGCAAUGGGUGAAGGACGUUUUAGAAUUUCAGUACCACGCAAUUCUAGUUUUAUAGCAGCAUUCUCUGGUUCGGCAUGGUUCGAUCUUGUAACAGGAAUUAGUUUAACAUGGAGUGUAGCUGUUCAAAUUCAGACUCUUAAACGGAUCGAUACUGGUCGAUAUAAUAAUGCACCUGUUAUUACUAUGUUACCAAUCUAUCGAUUGAGAAAUAAAAUUAGUUAUUCAAUUAAAAUCAAUGUAGCUGAUAAUGAUUUUGAUCCAUACAUUUGCUUAUGGUCUAAAGGUACCAAUCAAUGUGGUGGAUUGAGUAAUAGUGUACCAGGUGGUAUUAU